AAAGCAACCUAACAACCAUCCCAAACCCUCCCCCGUGCGAGAGAGCGAAAGCAAAAUGCAGAUCUUCGUGAAAACCCUAACCGGCAAGACCAUCACCCUCGAGGUCGAGUCCAGUGACACCAUCGACAAUGUCAAGGCAAAGAUUCAAGAUAAGGAAGGUAUUCCACCGGAUCAGCAGAGGCUGAUAUUCGCGGGGAAGCAGCUAGAGGAUGGCCGUACUCUCGCGGAUUACAACAUCCAGAAAGAGUCAACUCUUCAUCUUGUUCUGAGGCUUCGUGGUGGAAUCAUCGAACCAUCUCUUAUGGCAUUGGCCAGGAAAUACAACCAGGACAAAACGAUUUGCCGCAAAUGCUAUGCACGCUUGCACCCACGUGCUGUAAACUGCAGGAAAAAGAAGUGUGGACACAGCAACCAGCUGAGGCCAAAGAAGAAGAUCAAGUAGACUACUGAUUGUGAGGAAGAAGUGCUAUGCAUUCUAGUGGGUCACUGUCUGUUUUGUUUGAACCAUGGUAGUAUCAAAAAGUUUGUUAGUAGACUUUUAGAAAUCCGACAUGUAGCUUUGUACUUUUGAGAUGGUUGCAAUGUUACUUUGUUCUAAAAUGCUUUGAAUUUUUUAGGGCAUUGCAUGUGCCUUGACAGCUAUUCGUUUUUGAUGUGUUGUGAAAUCAAACCUAUUACUUUUA